AUGGCGACACAUCGAUCGAGACCGUGGCAGAUCCUCGCACCCUUCCUGCUCAUUGCGGUGCCCUUCCUGUUCGGUCUCGCCGUCUUCAUAUUCGCGCAGAUAAAAUGGCCGUAUAACGAGCCGAAUCGGGAGAAGGGGAAGGAUGCCGAGGAUCAACACCAGGCCGGCAUACACAUCCCCGAGGAAGAGCAGACUCUGGGCUCGGAGUCUGUCGAAGGGUCAGAGCUGAGGAAGUCGACUGGGAACGAGGCUGAGGCUCCUGGAUCGGGUGCAGAAUCGAGUGCCAGCCGGGCUUUUCCUUCGCUGCGUCUUGCACGAGAGGCCAACAGCAGUUGUGUUGAUGUUGAUGCCAUCACUCCGGUCUAG